GGCUGAAGUCACAGACUCCCCUUUCAUCCGCCAGUCCCCCCGAUCCUACGGUCUGUGACCCCUUGUGGGAUUCCGAUUCUCAUGCUCUCUUAAAUUCCAGUCAUCAUGCCCCGGAGGACGCUGGGUGGAGGUCGUGUUCUUGGCCCCGCGAACGCUCGUUCUCCAUCGGCAUUAAUCCCGUCUCCGCAGCCCAGCAAUCCAAGACACCUCACCUUAUCACCGUCCGCCAGCAGCGUUUCCCUGAAUUCACAAGCCUCCGCAUCCCAGGUUUCCUCCGAAGCUCAGGAUCUCACGUCGCGCAUUUCCCUCGAAAAUGGUUCUGCCUCCAUUCCUGCUGCUCCGGCAGCUGCCGGAGCUCAGUUAGCCUGUCCGAUCUGCAGUGAGGAGAUGGUGACACUGCUGCAAUUGAAUAGACACCUCGAUGACGUCCACCAGAAUCUGGAAGACGAUCGGCAAGAUGAAGUCAAGGACUGGUUCAAGACGCAGAUGGAUAAAGCCAAGCGAUUUCAACCACUCGCAGUCUUAAACCAAAAGCUCAAAGGCUUGGACGUGUUCGAAUCAAAUGAGAAUAUACAUCCUUUUGCGGGUCCAAGUCGGCCCCCUGGACCUCUCCCGGCGCAUCCGCCUGAACCCCCGAGAGCACUCGACCCGGACGACGUUAUAACGAGGGAUCACUGGCAAGGUCGCACCCUUUACGAUGUGUGCUUGGAACCGUCGUGUGGAAAGCGACUCAAUGCUACAAAUGGUUGUGUCAAUUGUCGCAAAUGCGGAAAACUGUUUUGUGAGGAUCAUACUAUGUAUCAGAUGAAGCUAUCCAGGUCGGCCCAACAUGAACCAGUCAGGGGACUAUGGUGCAGGGUCUGUGAGACUUGCUACAAGUCGAGGGAGGGCUAUAACGAUCACAAUGGGCUGGUGAGAGACCGCAUGAGUGAGUUCAAAGCGAUGAGGAAGCAGACAGUCGACAAGGACUUGCUGGAAGUUUCUCGUUUGGAGAAACGCUUGACUCGACUGACGCAGCUGCUUGCAAGUUUGCCUGCAGAGCAGAUUCAGUCGAGCACGAAUAAAUUGUGGUCAAUCUCAUGGCAGGGUGAUCAACGAAAAGCCCUUGAGCAAACCAUAGUGAGUUGGCAGGAUGACGCAAGUGUGUCUCGGUGUCCGUUUUGCCAGCAAGACUUUACCAGCUACACCUUCCGAAGACACCACUGCAGGACUUGCGGGCGAGUCGUAUGUGGUGAUCCAGCAACUGCAUGUUCCACGGAGGUCCCUUUGAGCAUUUCACCUCUUGCAAAAACACCAGCAGAGAAGUCACCCCGCACGGGCGUGAUCAACGUCGAUAUCAGACUCUGUAAGGAGUGCCGAUCGACCUUAUUCGACCGGCGAGACUUCGAAGCCGACAUUAUGAGGAAGCCGCCAGCUGUGCGAGCAUAUGAAAAUCUCACUCAGUUCGAGAGAGGCAUUCGGAUUUUGCUCCCUAAGUUUCAAAAGAUACUAGGGGCCUUGCAAGAUCCUAGGCGGCCUCCAUCCUCUGCGCAGAUUGCAGAGGCUUCAAAGGUCCGUAAACGAUUAACGGAUUCGUUUGCGCAAUACGACGUUGCUGCUCGCCGGGUCCGUGAUAUGCAAACGGACUCCCCAACCCAACAGCGACUACAGAAGGCUAUAUACCAACAAGCCAGCAAUUUCCUUCACCUUCACAUGCUCCCUCUUAAAUCCUUACCCAGAGUGCUCAAGCAUACAUCUCCCAACGGGGGACUGUCUAACUCCACAAGCUCCCCCGCUAGCCCUAGCCCCAGCAACGGUUCACUUGGUGGCCCUCGACGGCAGGGAUCCGCUCUUGCGUCAAUAAAAUACGGCAACCUUGCUGCUAGCGGCAGCAAUGCCAGUCUCGCUAGUGACACCAGCAGCGCAGUUUCCGCACUGGAGGCCGAAGAGAAAUCCCUUCGGGAGCGGCUGAUCGUACUAGAAGAGCAGAAGUUCUUCGUAUCAGAAAUGAUUGCGGAUGCAAACAGACGCCGCAAAUUCGAUGAGGUUAGCAGUCUUGCUAUGAACAUCGAAGAUCUCACCCGAGAGAUUGAUCGAGUCAACGGAAUGCUGGACGGCUUGGACUUUGAGGGCGUCUACACCGGAGCUCAUCAGCAAGCCUGAAGAUUCUGGUGAAGGACCGGAAUUCUUCUCUUGACAUUCCAUUGCUCGCUAUUACCAAUUUGGCUGCAACCACAAAGCAGGUCCCUUCUGAUAGCAUUUUCUUAUAUAUGAUCUUGGCCACAGCGCGGGCGCGGCGUUUGCGGAUUGGUUCAAUGAUGAAAGUUGCAUAGCAUGGGCGUUGCGUUGUAUGCAUAUGAUCGUAUAUAAU